CAUCACUGAAGCAAAGUUUUUCAGUCCUGCAGCAGAGGGUGCGCUGAGCAUCCUCACCAAGCCUGUGAUCAGUCACUCAGCGGAGCAUCUCGACUGGAGCAGCAGUUUGAUGUCUUCAUCUCUGAGGAGUUAGUGGAUGCUGAGGGGAUCCAGGAAAAAGAGGGCCGACGCUGUGGACGCAAAGAUUGGAAGGCGCCCAAUGAUACUCGCAAGUUUUCGCCCCAACUCUGCUACGCUGAUGAUCGGCGGACAUGCUGCUCUUUCCCGGGAGGAGAAGGUGAUGGAUCUGUCUGCUCACCACAGCAGACACGCCGAGGCCUGGCAUCAUUAGGCCGUUUCUCCCGUCCGUCUCUCUCUCACACAGGAUCUCCAAGCCAUGGACUGCAGCCAGUAGAUGGCCCCAAUCGACAUCCAAUGGAAAAUGAAGAGGUAGUGGCUCCGAGCUGACUCCAGAGAUGCUGAGGAGACGAGACGUCAUUGCUGCCGUGCUGAUCUUGUUGCCCUGGUCGCUGCUCAUCAGUGUCUGGCAUCAAAACACCAUGCCAGCACUGUACAACAAAGGCAGUGGAGAGAAUCGCCAAAAUGGUCGCUCCUGGAAGUCCUUCUUGCUCAAAAGGACAUGCAAAGAGUUUGUCUACACACGUCCUCCGCCCUGGUCCGAUGGGCUCCCCACUAUCCACGUCAUCACCCCCACCUACAGCCGGCCAGUGCAGAAGGCCGAGCUGACUCGUCUGGCCAACACCCUGCUUCAUGUGCAAAACCUGCACUGGCUGCUGGUGGAGGACUCCCCCCAACGCACUCCGCUGGUCCGACGUCUUCUGCAGGAGACAGGGCUCAAUUACACUCACCUGUACGUGGAAACGCCCAGGAACUACAAGAUACGCAGCGAUGUGAAAGAUCCCAAAACACCGCGGGGGACGGUGCAGAGGAAUCUGGCCCUGCGCUGGCUCCGGGACACCUUUGGCGUGAACUACAGCAAACCAGGAGUUGUUUACUUUGCAGAUGAUGACAACACAUACAGCCUGGAGGUGUUUGAGGAGAUGCGUUCCACCAAGAGAGUGUCAGUGUGGCCCGUGGCCUUUGUCGGCGGAUUGCGCUACGAGACCCCUGAAGUCAACGCUAUGGGAAAAGUGAUUGGCUGGAAAACUGUGUUUGACCCUCACCGGCCGUUUGCCAUCGACAUGGCGGGCUUCGCCGUGAACCUGGGGCUGAUUCUGUCCAGAGAGCAGGCGUACUUCAGUUUACGCGGCGUCAAGGGCGGCUAUCAGGAGAGCAGCCUACUGAAGAAGCUGGUCACCCUCAGUGACCUGGAGCCUAAAGCUGCUAACUGCACUAAGGUUUUAGUGUGGCACACUCGGACAGAGAAGCCAGUGCUGGUGAACGAGGGCAAGAAGGGAUUUACGGACUCCAACAUGGAGAUAUGAGGCAGUUUGUUGAAGGGACAGCUGACUGAGACACCUGGGCUUCACAUGGGAGACAAACGCCUCCCCAGACCUUGAUGAAGUCGGUGUGACCUUGCUGCUGAAAAGAACACACUGAAGUGACCUCAUGGACCUGAUAUGCAAGAAUUUUGGGGUGAUUUAUCCUGAGGGAGGGGGGGGCAACACCAGCCAACUAUCCAAUCCGCAUCGAUUUUCUUUUGUUGUGAAUCUGCACUUCUGUGUCAGUCACGAGCACUGAGUUGCCUGUGGGGAUUUGAACCCUCCACCUACUUGUACUGUACACAUCAACCGUAUGAAUAGCACCAGAAUCUCUCAUUUAGAGGCUUCUCAUCGUCCUGUUCAAGAAGAGAAGCAUGUUCAAAACAGUUAUUCACGACCAGGUGAUUCCAUGUAGAACUCCAGCGGCAUGCCUCGUCAUGACACACACAUGUGGCCAUGAAUGUUAAAAUCACCAUAGUUCCGGCAACACAAUGGUCAGCUGCUAAAGCAGACUGCUGUAUUUGCAGUUAAAUAAGUUAAAUAAAUCACACCGAAAAAACAAA